CCACAUCCAAGGCCCACUCUCCACCUACAAUCGUGUUACUUCUGCGCCUCCACUUACGAACCGCCUUCCCCGUUCCGAAUAGCGGACAUUGUAUUCUCGUACGAUAGUGACAAUACACGCGUCCUGCCGCGCCUCCAAGUACACCCCCCUGUCCCGACAAAGGAGCCCUCCGCCGACAGCCGCAAUGCCGCCUCAGAUCAAGCAGGACUUGAACCGGUCUGGCUGGGAGACGACCGACUUCCCCUCGGUGUGCGAGCGAUGUCUACCAGACAAUCCAUAUGUCCAGAUGUUGAAGGAAGACUACGGCGCAGAAUGCAAGAUUUGCACACGACCAUUCACAAUAUUCCGGUGGAAGGCCGACCGCACGUCACGGCAAAAGCGUACGAAUAUCUGCCUUACAUGCGCCCGCCUCAAGAACUGCUGCCAGUGCUGCAUGCUCGAUCUAUCGUUUGGUCUACCCAUCGCCGUCCGUGACACCGCACUGAAGAUGGUGGCGCCGGGUCCGCAGAGUGCCAUUAACCGCGAGUACUACGCACAGGAGCACGAGAAGGAGAUAGAAGAAGGUAGAGGGGGUUUGGAGGUAUACGAGAAGACUGAUGAGAAAGUUCGCGAGUUUUUACAGAGGUUGGCAACAAGUGAACCCUACUAUAAGAAGCAAAGGCGACUGGAAGCAGAAGCGGCAGAGAACUCCCCAAAAGCACUUCCAGCACCCGAGGGCUCGGGUGGAGGCGGUAGGCAUGCACCAGGUCCCAUACGAACCAGGGAUAGUAGAGCUCCUGCAAGCGUCCGCGCUGGUUUGAAGCCUGCUAGAGGUGGACGUUUACCAGGCGCUCAAGCUGCACCGAACCCCCAAGACUGGCUCCCUCCAGCCGAUCCGAAUAUCGCAUCCCUCUUCGUCACCGGCGUCGAGGACGACCUGCCCGAACACGAAAUCCGCGUCCAUUUCGAGCAGUACGGUCAGCUCCGCUCGAUUGUGUGUUCCCAUCGAGCGCACUGUGCUUACAUCAACUACGUUAAGAGGAAGGAUGCAGAAGCUGCGGCAGAAGCCUUGAAAGGCAAGGUGGUCAUCAAGGGUUGCCCGAUGAGGGUCACCUGGGGAAAGCCCAAACAACUGGACAGUCUGGACCAAAACGUUCGCAUGAUGUACGCAAAGGAAGGGAGGGCAGUGGCUGGUCCUGCGGGACGGUCCAGCGCCAGACAAGGAGUCAUCGAGGCGCCUCCGCAGGACAAUCUGGAUAGUCUGGCGGCGAUCGCACCACCACCUGGUGCCGAUGACGAGGUCCAGUAUGCGAGUUUGGCUGGCAAUUGAUUUCUUUGCUACGGUAGUCUCAAGGCGCUAGGCGGCAAACAUUAUGGGUAUCACUGUAACUUUCGAUGGACUGUUUUCAAGCCGAACAGCACUUUGUUCUCGUUCCUGCUAAUGUCUUCCCUUUUCCUUUCUUGAUAUCCUCAUUGUUUCCGCGCUCGGUAUGCUCAUGUAUCCGUAGUC